AUGAUGGAGCCUUCGACAAAGCCAACACACCCUCCCAAGGACGACCCCAUCCCCGUCGAUGAUCUUAAGCAGUACGACGGAACCGACGAGUCCAAGCCGGUAUACGUCGCUGUUAAGGGCACCGUCUUUGACGUCUCGCCCAAGCGCGAGAUGUACGCACCGGGCAAGGGCUACCACAUCUUCGCAGGCAAGGACGGCUCACGAGGCCUAGGCAUGUCUUCGCUCAAGCCUGAGGAUGCCGUUCCAGACUACAGCACCCUUGAUGACAAGCAGCGUAAGGUGCUUGAUGACUGGCACUCGUACUACACCAAGCGAUACAACAUUGUCGGCAAGGUAGCACAAUAA